AUGUCUGACUCGGUAAUUCUCCGCAGUGUGAAGAAACUUGGAGACGAGAAUUAUGCCUUCGAGUCAGAUGGGUCAUAUAACAACGAUAAAAAAUCAAGGUUACAAGAUGAGAAGAAAGGUGACAGAAUUCAAGUUGGCUUCUUUCAAUUGUUUCGAUUUUCUUCAUCAACUGACAUUUGGCUGAUGUUUGUGGGAAGCUUAUGUGCAUUUCUCCAUGGAGUGGCCCAGCCAGUCAUGAUACUCAUUUUUGGCACAAUGACAGAUGUUUUUAUUGACUUUGACAACGAAUUGCAGGAGCUCAGUAUUCCUGGAAAAGAAUGUAUAAACAACACCAUAGUAUGGACUAACAGCUCUCUCAACCAGAAUGUGACAAAUGGAACACGUUGUGGGUUGCUGAACAUUGAAAAUGAAAUGAUCACAUUUGCCAUUUACUAUGCUGGAAUUGGUGUUAUAGUAUUUAUCACAGGAUAUAUUCAAAUAUGCUUUUGGGUUAUUGCUGCAGCUCGUCAGAUACAGAAAAUGAGAAAAAUUUACUUUAGGACAGUAAUAAGAAUGGAAAUAGGAUGGUUUGACUGCAAUUCAGCAGGAGAGCUCAAUACAAGAUUCUCUGAUGAUGUUAAUAAAAUCAAUGAUGCUAUUGCCGACCAAACAGCCCGUUUCAUUCAGUACAUGACCACAUGCAUCUGUGGACUGCUGAUGGGAUUUUUCAAGGGUUGGAAACUGACAUUGGUUAUCAUUUCUGUCAGCCCUCUCAUUGGGCUUGGAGCAGCUGUCAUUGGUCUGAGUGUGUCCAAGUUUACUGAUUAUGAGUUGAAGGCCUAUGCCAAAGCAGGGUGUGUGGCUGAUGAAGUGAUUUCUUCAGUGCGAACAGUGGCUGCUUUUGGUGGUGAAAUAAAAGAAGUUGAAAGAUAUGAGAAAAAUCUUGUGUUUGCCCAGCAAUGGGGAAUUAGAAAAGGGAUUGUGAUGGGAUUCUUUACUGGAUACUUCUGGUGUCUCAUCUUCCUGUGCUAUGCACUGGCCUUUUGGUAUGGCUCCAAACUCAUUCUGGAUGAAGGAGAAUAUACCGCAGGAACCCUUGUCCAGAUUUUUCUCAGCGUCUUAAUAGCAGCUUUAAAUCUUGGCAAUGCAUCUGCUUGUUUGGAAGCUUUUGCAAGUGGACGUGCAGCUGCCUCCAGUAUUUUUCAGACAAUAGACCGGCAACCAGUCAUUGACUGCAUGUCAGAAGAUGGUUACAAGUUGGAUCGAAUCAAAGGUGAAAUAGAAUUCCAUAAUGUAACAUUCUACUAUCCCUCCAGACCCGACGUGAAGAUUUUGAGUAACCUCAGCAUGGUCAUUAAAUCAGGUGAAAUGACAGCUAUAGUAGGAUCCAGUGGAGCUGGGAAGAGUACAGCCUUGCAGCUCAUUCAGCGGUUCUACGACCCCAGUGAAGGCAUGGUGACCCUAGAUGGCCAUGACAUUCGCUCUCUUAACAUUCAGUGGCUUAGAGCUCAAAUUGGCAUAGUGGAGCAAGAGCCUGUUCUGUUCUCCACCACAAUUGCAGAAAAUAUUCGAUACGGCCGAGCAAAUGCAACAAUGGAGGAUAUAGUCCGAGCUGCCAAGGAAGCCAAUGCCUACAAUUUCAUCAUGAACCUGCCACAGAAAUUUGACACCCUUGUUGGAGAAGGUGGAAGCCAGAUGAGUGGUGGCCAGAAGCAAAGAGUAGCCAUUGCCAGAGCACUUGUCCGCAACCCCAAGGUCCUGCUUUUGGACAUGGCCACCUCAGCGCUGGACAAUGAGAGUGAAGCCAUGGUUCAAGGAGCACUGAGUAAGAUUCAGCAUGGGCAUACGAUUGUCUCAGUUGCCCAUCGCCUGUCCACGGUCAGAGCUGCAGAUGUCAUUAUUGGGUUUGAACAUGGCACAGCAGUGGAAAGAGGCACUCAUGAAGAACUGUUGGAAAGAAAAGGAGUUUACUUCACUCUAGUGACUUUGCAAACUCAAGGAGAUGGAACUGACAAUCAAACAGAUGUGCAGGAUGCAAAUGAAGAUACCUCACUUGAGAGAAAGGAGACCUUCAGCAGAGGGAGUUACCAUGCUAGCUUAAGAGCUUCCAUCCGGCAACGCUCCAAGUCUCAGCUUUCUUACCUGGGACAUGAAACUCCAUUAGCCAUUGUAGACCAUAAGUCUACUUAUGAAGAAGACAGAAAGGCCACAGACAUUUCUGUAGAAGAGAAAGUUGAACCUGCCCCGGUCAGGAGGAUUCUGAAGUUCAAUGCUCCAGAGUGGCCAUACAUGCUGGCGGGGACUGUGGGGGCAGCUGUCAAUGGGGUAGUCACACCCCUCUACGCCUUCUUAUUCAGUGAGAUUCUUGGGACUUUUUCAAUUCCUGAUAAAGAGGAGCAAAGGUCACAGCUCAAUGGUGUGUGCUUCCUCUUCGUAGCAUUGGGUGUCAUAUCCCUUUUCACCCAGUUUCUGCAGGGAUAUAUGUUUGCAAAAUCAGGAGAGCUCCUCACAAAAAGACUACGCAAAUUUGGUUUUAAGGCAAUAUUAGGGCAAGAUAUUGGCUGGUUUGAUGACCUCAGAAAUAGCCCUGGAGCACUGACAACAAGGCUGGCUACAGAUGCUUCCCAAGUUCAAGGGGCUGCUGGCUCUCAGAUUGGGAUGAUCGUCAAUUCCUUCACUAACAUCGCUGUGGCCAUGAUCAUUGCCUUCUUAUACAGCUGGAAACUAAGCCUGGUCAUUAUGUGCUUCUUCCCCUUCCUGGCUUUAUCAGGAGUCAUACAGACCAAAAUGUUGACGGGAUUUGCUACGCGAGACAAGCAAGCUCUAGAGACUGCAGGACAGAUUACAAAUGAAGCCCUCAGCAACAUCCGCACAAUUGCUGGUAUUGGAAAGGAGAGGCAGUUUAUUGACGCCUAUGAGACUGAGCUGGAGAAACCAUACAAGACAGCCAUUCGAAAGGCAAAUGUAUAUGGCUUCUGCUUUGGCUUUUCCCAGUGCAUAUCAUUUAUUGCUAAUUCUGCCUCCUACAGAUACGGUGGUUACUUAAUCUUCUAUGAAGGGCUGCACUUCAGCUAUGUGUUCAGGGUUAUCACUGCGGUGGUUCUGAGUGGGUCAGCUCUUGGAAGAGCUUCCUCUUAUACCCCAAGCUACGCUAAAGCUAAAAUAUCAGCAGCACGCUUUUUUCAACUGCUGGACCGACAACCCCCAAUCAAUGUAUACAGCAGUGCCGGUGAAAAAUGGGACAACUUUCAGGGGAAGGUUGACUUUGUGGACUGCACAUUUACAUAUCCUUCGCGGCCUGAUGUACAAGUUCUUAAUGGUCUCUCAGUGUCCGUUAAUCCAGGGCAGACACUGGCAUUUGUUGGAAGCAGUGGGUGUGGCAAAAGCACCAGUAUUCAGCUAUUGGAACGUUUCUAUGAUCCUGACAAAGGGAAGGUGAUGAUAGAUGGUCAUGACAGCAAAAAGGUAAAUAUCCAGUUCCUCCGUUCAAACAUUGGAAUCGUGUCCCAGGAACCAGUGUUGUUUGACUGUAGCAUAGCAGAUAAUAUCAAAUAUGGGGACAACACCAAAGAAAUUUCCAUGGAAAGAGUCGUAGCAGCUGCAAAGCAAGCUCAGCUGCAUGCCUUUGUCAUGACCCUUCCAGAGGUGAGUACCGAGCAAUAUGAAACCCAAGUUGGAGCUCAUGGGUCUCAACUCUCUCGAGGGGAGAAGCAACGCAUUGCUAUUGCUCGGGCCAUCUUGCGAGAUCCCAAAAUUUUGCUACUAGAUGAAGCCACUUCUGCCUUGGACACAGAAAGUGAAAAGACUGUGCAAGUUGCCCUGGACAAAGCCAGAGAGGGCCGGACCUGCAUUGUUAUUGCUCAUCGCCUGUCCACUAUCCAGAACUCAGAUAUCAUUGCUGUCAUGUCACAAGGGGUGGUCAUUGAAAAGGGGACCCACGAAGAACUGAUGGCCCAAAAAGGAGCCUACUACAAUCUAGUCACCACAGGCGCCCCUAUCAGUUGA